CCACAGAAAGCCGAGGCAAAUAGCUUGUCACUAGCCACCCGCGUCACAUCAAGCUUGCCUGGUCUAGCGGGCAAACGUCGGAAUAUCCAAAGGAAGCUCUGAGCUCACCCGACCACAGACAGAGUGUUUUUCCCACUGGCCCGGAGGAGAGGACGUCAUUCUGGAAUCGUGACUUUCAACAGACUCGAACUCUCUAUAUCAUGGCCAUGUCCCUUACGCGGACAGCCCUCAGGGCGCCGCAAUCGCGUCUCAUUACAGCUGCCACCGCCAUCACAGCUCGAUCUAUCGCCGCGCACCGGUCGUUCAGCACCACCAACCAUGCUCUACUCCCCUCCGGCUUCGGAUCUCCCGUCUUGCCUUCAUACUUCUCGAAGCCCCGACUGCCGGCCAAUACGGUGGUCCGGUUUGUGCCUCAGCAGACGGCUUGGAUCGUUGAGCGCAUGGGAAAGUUCAACCGUAUUCUUGACCCCGGUCUGGCUAUCCUCGUGCCUUUUAUCGAUCGAAUCGCAUACGUCAAAAGCCUCAAGGAAGUUGCCAUUGAGAUACCCAGCCAAAGCGCCAUCACUGCGGACAACGUUACUCUAGAGCUUGACGGUGUUUUGUUCACCCGCGUCUUUGAUGCGUAUAAAGCAAGCUAUGGAGUUGAAGAUGCCGAAUAUGCCAUCUCUCAGCUUGCCCAAACGACCAUGCGAUCCGAGAUCGGUCAAUUGACUCUCGACCACGUCCUCAAGGAGCGUGCUGCCCUCAACACCAACAUCACCGCUGCUAUCAACGAUGCCGCCGAGGCCUGGGGAGUGACCUGCUUACGUUACGAGAUUCGAGAUAUCCAUGCUCCUGGCGCCGUCGUCGAGGCCAUGCACCGGCAGGUCACUGCCGAGCGUUCCAAGCGUGCUGAGAUUCUUGAGUCGGAAGGUCAGCGACAAAGUGCCAUCAACAUCGCUGAGGGUAAGAAGCAGAGUGUCAUUCUUGCUUCCGAGGCUUUGCGCGCCGAGCGAAUCAACGAAGCCGAUGGUGAAGCCGAAGCCAUCCGUCUUAAGGCUACUGCCACUGCUCAAGGCAUCGAUGCUGUCUCUGAGAGUAUCCUGAAGGGUGAUGCUGGUGCCCAGGCUGCCGUCAGCUUGAGGGUUGCUGAGAAGUACGUUGAUGCCUUCGGCAAGUUGGCUCGCGAAAGCACAGCUGUCGUUGUUCCCGGCAAUGUUGGAGAUAUCAGCGGCAUGAUCGCUACUGGUCUGAGUGUUUUCGGCAAGGUUGGCCAGGCCCAGGCACAAACUAUGGCCAAGUCUCUUGUCGAGCCCAAGGAAGGCUCGGAGACCGAGACUGAUACACCCUCAGAGGUUGAUGGCCAGGCGAAGCCCGGUGUCAAGGAGACAGUGAUCGAGAGCUUCAACCAGGCUGCCAAGCGAUAGGGAUAAAAUACGAACUAGCAGCUUAUGGCAUAUUACGGACGGGACGAGAUGAAAUCACCCUUAUAUCAGCUCAUCACUCAACCACCACAUGAACAUUCCACACUACCAUGACUAUCGGCGUUCAGCGGAUGUAUUAUAGGGAUCUCUGGAGGAUCCGAGACGGCCUUGCUCACAGAGCUGGGGGAUAACGGAGAGAAACGUCAUCAUGUAACAUCAAAUUUUCUUUAUUCACAAUUUAAGCGCAUGGCAAAAGGAGGGAAAAUCACGGCUCACCAGUCUACCCACUUCUUCAAGCAUAUAAAUAGCCUGCUGUUGAAGUAGGGAGACAAAGAAUCGAACUAUUUUGACUUUUACUAUGUAUGUCCUGCCGGUAAAUUGGCACUUUUUGUUGUCUCUGGGAGUUCCGGGUUGCGUCUGUUGUUCGAGGAGCAGUGAAGUAAUUAAGGUGAGUAUUACGAGGCCGGAGCAUGGCUCAUUGAUUGAUUCAGGGGUAUAUUGAUUCGAAACUAAGGUAUGUACCAAGAAUAUUUCCAAGCCCAUGCCAACAUCAUUCAUUAUUUCCAGCUCCUGCAUUGCUUCAAAGACUCAAGGCCAUAAUGCUUGUUCAGCUUGUCCAUGUCGCUAAGGUAACCGUAAAAUCUUGACGAAUUCAUCGAGUUACUCGAGGCACAACUUAAAGGAAAAGAGGAACCAUGGCAACGAGGCCCAUGAAGAAGCUAGGCACCAAGACAGAGCCACUGUUGCUUCCUCCAUUGUUGCUGCUGCUGCUGCUACUGCCGCUGUCUCCAUUAUCGUCGCCACCAGACCUGAGGCCGGUAGGUUCCGCAGAAGAAGAGAAUGUAGAGAACUUGUUGUCGUCGAUCGUGGGGACAGGCUCGAUCGAAGGGGCCGUGAAUGAGGGAGAGUCGAAGGUAAGUGUUGGGGACUCUCGAGUGAAGCUGGACUUGUCACCGUCGUCGUCUGAGCCGCCACUUGAGCCACCACCACUGCUACCUCCGCUUGAGCGAUAGCUGCAAGUACCGUCGCUGCUACAGAUUUGUCCAGAGAGACAAUAUCCGGUAUCACAACAGACCAUGCCCUUGGGCAUGCAGCCAUCACCACACUUCUCUUGGUAAGUCGCGCAGCUACCACCAGAGGAGCCGCCGGAUGAGCCUCCUGAACUGCCACCAGAGCCGGAACCAUAUUUGCAAGUUCCAUCGGAGCCGCAGGUCUGGCCACGGAGACAAUAGCCAGUAUCACAGCAAACCAUGCCCUUGGGCAUGCAACCAUCACCACAGGUCUCCUGAAAGCUCAAGCAUGAGCCCCCAGAAGAACCACCGGAGGAACCACCAGAAGAGCCACCACUUCCGCCGUUGACACACUCGCCCUUAGUGACACAAUACGCUCCGCAGAGCUCCUUGCCCGGUGUGCAACCAGUUGGGGGGCCAGAGCAUAACUUUCCAUCCUCACAGCAGCCUUCAGCUUGACAAUGAUAGCCAUCAUCACAGUAGGCUCCUGUUCCCUUGUUACAGCACUGAGCGCCUGUAUCCAUGCAGCCGUUAUCGCAUGAUGUCUUGCCAGCGGGGCAAGAACCAGCCAUGCUGAGGGUCUGAGGACGAGGAGUGAAGCCAGAGAGAAGGGGGAGACCCUUUGGCUGUGCUGAUUUGGAGUUGCUGAAGUGGACGCUAUCAGCCGCGAAGGUCAAGCCCGCGAGGGCGAGGAGAAGAGUUGAUCGCAGCAUGUUUGAAAGACUGUAUAAGAGGGCUAAGUCCACCGAAAACGAUUGGGUUGGGAGAACUCUGGCGGGCGAAGAAGACAGGUCAAGCUGAACAGGACGUUUUCUCUUUUUAUAAGAGCACUGGUAUUAACAGGCUGCUACCUACUGGAACGGCUGAAAGCCAACCGUCGAGUCACAGGCCAGUUAGAAUCAACUAGCUGGGUAUGUUAAUAUGCUAAUGCAUCAAAUGUACGCCACCAAAUAUCUCCAGGGUCAAAGGUGGAAGCUCCAUCUUGACGAUGGCUUCGUGCGGGUACCACAUCCGUCUGUGCUAGAGGCACGACCAUCCACCAAUACAAAUUGCAGCAGGUCGCCACAGUACCUUGCCGAAC